AUGGCAGACGGACCAAGCGUUGCGAAAAAGGCGAAAGUUUUACCUGAAUGCCCUUACGGUGUAAAUUGUUAUAGGAAAAAUCCUCAACAUUUGAAGGAUUUCUCUCAUAAUAGCCCCAGUGUAGCUAGCACAAGUAGAGAUUCAAAUGGGGUUUCUGCCAGUUCAUCUACUUCUGCAACAUUACCACCCUGUAAAUAUGGUGCCAAGUGCUAUCGGAAGAAUUUGAUGCAUUUUGCUGAGUUUUCCCACCCUACAAAAACUAGCAAUAAGGAUGACAGUGGUAGUGACACAGACAUAGUUGAUUCAGAUGAGGAGGAUAAGACAAAACAGAAGAAAGAUGGAAAUGAUAUUUUAAGUCGGGGAAUGUCGUUAGUUAAAAGUUACUCCCAGAUGUCAGAAGAAGAAAGAAAAGAGUUGAUAAAGAAGGCUUUUGAAGCUAAACAAAAGCUACAAGAGGAAUUAGAAGUGACUAAGAAACAAGUUGCUGAAAAAGCCAAAGAAGUAGACAAACUUCAGGCUCAGGUGACUACAUGUUUACUAUUGGUGGAGGGAGAAAAAGAGGCCAUGGAAGGAAAAACUCUUAAACUAUUUACUCUUGCAGCUGAAAGAGAUCAUAAAGAAGGUUCAGCUGAUCAGAUACAUUUCCGUCUAGCAGAAUCUCAGUUUUAUAGAUUACUAUCAGGAAUGGAUGCCAAAUACAGUAUUGAUAAGGUAGAAUAUGUUGUUAAUCCUGUAUUGGUGAAAAGAUUUCAAGAGUCAAGAAAUGAUUUGAAGAAAGCAAGGGGAGAAAGUCUUAGUUAUCCAGUCUUAGCAUUUCAUGGCACAAAGAAAGAAAAUAUUAUUAAAAUUUGUACUGAUGGCUUUAAGGCACCAGGUGAAUCGGGAUUUCAUAUGCGUACAGAUACUGGAUGGUAUGGUGCUGGCGUAUAUUUUAGUGAAUAUCCACACUAUUCUAUGAGUUAUAUACAAGGUGCCACUAAACUGUUGUUAUGUCAAGUUUUACCAGGGAAGGCAUAUAAAUGUACCAAAUUGAUUCAUGGUUCAACGUUAAUGAGUGGACAUGAUUCUCAUACAUCACCUGAUAAUAAAGAAUUAGUUAUAUUUAAUAGUCACCAUAUAUUACCGUGUUAUAUUGUACAUUAUAAAGCUGGUGGUGGCGAGUUCAAAUACAAACCUAAAGUUCUCAAAACUGAGUUUAAAGAUGGAGAUCUUGCUGAUAAAUAUAAAAAAUGUGAAAAGGCUAAACCAUCAAUGAUUUUAAAGGGUACCAUGUUUCAGUUCUCUGGAAAAUUUACUGCCACUCAAGCGAACCUGAUAGCUUUGACAAUGAAACAUGGAGCUGGUAAACCUACUUUUCACCUUUUCACACAUCUUGUAGCAACACCAGAUGAAGUAUCAAAUAAUACUAAUGCUAAAGUGUAUAAAGCUACCGAGAGAGGGGCAAGUUUUCUUAUUCUUAAACAUAGGUUUCCUUAA